GGGGGGGGGGGGUAGUUCGUAAUGACUUUUCAGCCUUGAUACAAUUAGGCUGUACAACUAAAAACGGACUGAUCCCUUGGCGCAUGAGAAGCUCGAGGGAAUGUGAGAGGGAAGGAUCUGUAAUACAGUACAACAAUGCCAUGGACAGUGACUUGGGAAGAUCCCGUUUAGGGUGCACUUGUUUGGUCUAUUUCAUCAUAACGUAUUGAUCCAAUUUAUGAUGGAGUGGCUUGGAUUUUCCUGUUUGCUGUUCGGUGUGUUACUCCGGCCAAGCAACACACAAAACGUUGUGCCUGACGCAGCUCUGAACUGUUGUGAAGGGGACAUCCUGCUCCUGUUGGAUUCUUCAGGAAGUGUGUCAUCCUAUGAGUUCUCUCGCCUGCUGCGCUUCCUGUCUGAACUGCUCCUCCCCUUCUCACUGGGGCAGGGCCAGGUGAGGGUGGGGUUGCUGCAGGUGGGCACUGAGCCACACCUGGAGUUUGGUCUGGACGCCCACAGCACCCAGCCUGGCCUGCAGGGGGCACUGCAGAGGACCAGGCAGCUCCAGGGGGACACCAACACUGAGGCUGCCCUCACACUGGCACAGGGGCUGCUAGCCAGGACUGGAGCUGGGGAUGAAACAAAGCUCCCUAAGGUGCUGGUGUGGCUAACGGACGGGGUAGAGCCGGGAGUAGUGGAUGGACCAAUGGCAGAGCUGAGAACGGCGGGCGUGUCCGUGCUGGCUGUCUCUACAGGACACGGGAACUACCAGGUGCUGCGGAGGGUGGUGACCGCACCCAUCGAGUCCCACCUGUACUUUGUGGACAUCGAUGACAUCAGCAUCAUCACAGAGGACCUGAGGGAGGCCAUCAUUGAGCUGAUCCAUGCUGAGGGCCUGCGGGUGGUAGAGGUGUCCUCCCACAGUGCCGUGCUGCAGUGGCGUCCUGUCCUCAGUGCCAACACAGGCUUCUAUGAGAUCCACUACAAUUCUAUGCUGCCAGGUGGCGGGAAGGGUCAGCCUAGUGGCGGGGCCAGCAGCGGGGUGCAGUACCACAGACGGACCCUCCCUGGGGAUGCCAGCUGGAUAGAGCUGAGUGGUCUGCAACCAGACACCAGCUACACCGCCUCCCUCAACCCAAAGUCCAACCAGGACUACCUCAACACCCUCAGUGCCAACUUCACCACACUGCCCGAGGUGUUGAGCCCAGCGGUGGUCACGGUGUCAGACUCAGGUCCUGACAGGGUGCGAGUGAGCUGGGGUCCUCUGCAGCCUGAGCAGGUCCAGAGGUACCAGAUAGAGUAUGGAGCUCUACCCAGUGGACAGGUCCACAUGGUUAUGCUACACGGACAUCAGAAUACCACUCUGCUCACUGGUCUAAAGCAAGAGACACAAUACCUGGUCACCAUCAGCGCCCUGUACUCCACUGGCAAAGAGAAGGCUUUGUCUGUCAAGGCCUGCACUCAGGAGGUGUUGCCUGCCCUGGCUGACCUCCAGCUGACCCCAGUGGGGCGUGAUGAGGUGCAGGUCCGGUGGCGAGGCCACGAGGAGGGUCUGAGGGGGUACUGGCUCAGCUGGGAGAGGGGUGAGACAGAGAUCCCCUCCCGCCCUGCGUCCUCUUCCCUAUACCUGCUCCCUGGCUCCUUGUCCACGCUGCUCACACACCUGGCCCCCAGCAGCCGAGUGUGUGUGUCCCCUGUCUACCGCACGGCCCGGGGAGAGGGGCUCUGCUGCACCACGCACACACAAACUGGUCUGACACUGCGCACACAGACACACACACACACAGGUCUGCCAGCCUUAUAUUGGACUUGACCGAUUUAUUGAAUCGCCACAUUAUAGUCAUUGUAAUUUUAAGGAAGUAGUCGUCUUCAUAUGGCAACAGGAAAGUAAUAACCCCUUUUUCUCUCUCUCUCUCCCUCUCUCUCCCUCUCUCUCACUUUGAUAGGGCAGUAUUUUGCAGUUAUCAAUGAGAUUUGCCUGCAGUCAGAGAGCUGAAGUGGAGGAAAUGUUUGAAAUUUGAAGUGCUUUAUUGCCACAUCAAUGCUGUGGUACAAUGGAGUCACAUCUCUAUGUCGCUUCAAACCACUUGAUUAUCCAGUAUUCACACCCCUUGACUUUUUCCACAUUUUGUUGUGUUACAGCCCAAAAUUAAAUGGAUUAAAUUUA